UGUUGGGAUGUCAAAAUGAUGAAGCAGCCGUCAGUCAGAAUCGCGUGAAGAAGAAGAAGAAACAUAAAGUGAGCGUGCGUAGGACGAAAAAUCCAUCCUGAAAUAAUGUUGAAUAUUUGUAUCACCGAAUGAGAAGGAUCAAAAUCAUUCGACCAGUCGAGCUGCUACCUCGUUGCGCGAGUGUCAAAGGAAGAAAAAAAAACUUGUUGGCUGAUGUCUUUUUGCCUCAAACAUGGUGAAAGCAGUGUUAAUACCAGUGAAAAUUAGGAUAUUCAGUAUAUCAAAUCAUGACGGGACAUGAAGAUGACUACCUAGUUAGAGUACGUGCGCAGGUGAUGACCAGGGAUGAGAGUACAGAGGGUUGGGUACCACUGCCUAGUGGUGGGCUGGCGUAUGUGUCCAUCAGGAAACGUGCUCGCCUACCUCCGGAAGUUGGUGGCCAUGAGUACAUUAUUUAUGGCCAACGAAUAUCCGACCAAACUGUUAUUCUCAGCUGUGUCAUCAACAGAGACCUGCAAUAUUUCAAAGUUAUGCCAACUUUUCACCACUGGCGAGCUGGAAAGCAGCGCAAUGGGCUUACAUUUCAAACAGCUGCAGACGCAAGGGCUUUUGAUAAGGGUAUCAUAAGGGCAUAUGAUGACUUAAUUGACGGAAUGGACAAUGACACCAAAACACCAUGGAAACCAUUUUUGAAUAAAUACGACUCAACAGUGGGUGAAGAUGAUGUAUUUAUGACUCUAGAUUUACCCUUAGAACCAUCAGAAUCUCGAUCAAACUCCAAUUCGGAAGGAAGCCAAAAGAGCGAAAAGCAAAAUAUUCACUACAUAUCGUCGGAGAAGCCCCCUCUGCCGCAUCCACCAUUGGAACAACAAUCUCCGAAUCCUAGUUCCAACAAUCAAGAAGCUCCUGGCGGUAUUGCACCUGGGGAUAACUACUCUUAUGUGCAACUGACUGCGGCCCACGAAUACAACUACCCAGUGGUGGAUGAACCUACAGUAGGGGCCGUAAUUAACACAAGACACGAUUCGGCGUGUAGUUUAAAGAAAAGGACAGCACUGGAUGUUCCUCAAACUGCUCUUAAGGAUGUUCUUCCCGUCAAAUCGAGAUUGCGUUGUCGAUACUGCCAAGAGUUUUAUACAGAAGAAUGGAACCGCAAGGGAGCAUGUGAGUAUGCUCCAGAUUGUUUUCGCGUAGGCCUAGACAAUAUGUCAGGCAUGGUGUGUGCUAGAGGCAUGCUGUAUCACUGCAUGAAUGAUCCAGAAGGUGACAUGCCUGCCCAUCCGUGCGAGUGCGUCAAUGAUUCUGGCUGCACAAAACGUUGGUUGGGAUUAGCAUUGUUGUCCCUUCUGGUACCGUGCCUGUGGUGCUAUCCACCAUUACGCGCAUGCCACUGGCUUGGAAUGUCCUGUGGUGUCUGUGGUGGGAAACACAGACCGCAGGACUGACGAUGGGAUACGCUGGAACAGCCGAAAUAUCCCGCCAGUGACCACCGCCAGUGCUAUAAUCAGUAUCAAACCAUUUCCCUCGGCACUAGGCCAUCCAAACACGUUCGAUUUGCCGAUGAAACGCAAAAUUGGAUCUAAAGGGUGUAGCGGCGAGUGUGGGAAUUUUCACCGAGAAAUAGAUGGAAAAUCCACGAAAAUCUACAUUCCACACAUUCCCCCUUCCAAAGAGACAGGAAACAAAGAUUAAAACAAGAAUCAAAGAGAAUUAUGUCAUCAUUGGAACAUAAAAAUAUCCAAUGGUAGAUGAAGCCAGUUUAGCAGAUAAAAGAACAUUAAAAACGUAUAUUUUAACUUAUAGAUGUCUUCUUGUCUCAAUGAAAGAAAAUAAAUUUAACGCAGUGUUGAAAAGUGAAACUAAAAAAUGUACAACUGUUGCAAAAAUAAUCCAGUGUAUAAGCAUUGAUGGAUUUAGAAAAUGUUGCAAAUUAAUUAUAAAAAUUACGCAUAGUAGCAAAUGAUUAAAGAGGAAUUUUGAUGAAAAAAUGCAAAUUGGCAAACUUCUUUUCUCAUGAUAAUUUUUUAUUCUAAAAAAAAUCUCACAGAAAAGAACGUACAACCACCAAAUUUUACAUCACUUUUUCCAUCAUCACAAAAUCACAUGCCACUUUUUGUAAUUUAUAUAGUAUUUUCUUAUUCUUUCUUUUUAAUUUAUACAGAGAAAUGCGUAUUUAUUCACCAUUUUUGCUUUUCAUUGUACUAAAUGAAGCAUGCCAUGCAUAGAAAAUCUGGUGCAUAACCUUUCGAAAAAUACUUUAAAAAAGAAAAUGAUAGAUGAAGAUUUUUUGCCAAAAAUUAAAAUUAGAAAUUGAACAAUACAAUUGAGUAAUUUUUCCUCUAAAAACUGUAAAAUACAUUUAAUUUAGGGUAAAAUUAUUCAAUGGUAAAUGAAAAAGAACACAAUUAUUCAUCUCUAAAAUUUGGGCUCAGGGAUGACUAAUAGAUGUUCAUUUUUAAAAUCAAUAUCCAAUCUUUUUUUCUAAUUUCUAUAGGAAUUAUUAAGUAAACUGUAAUAAAAAAUAUAUUUCUUUAGGUUUUACAUAAAUAUCUGAGAAGGAAAUAUUUAUAAAAAAAAAAUAGAUAAGAGUACUAUGUAAAUUAUAAAUAAAAAUAACAUGUAUUACCUAUAUUGAAAAGGAGUAUAAUGAAAAAAGCAAAUUAAUUAAAUAAGAAUAUAAAAAAAGGAGUGACGAUGUUAUUCAGACCACUUGAAGUGCUCGAACUCGUGAGCUAGAUGUUUUCUCUUCCAACUAUAUUUUACAAGACCAAGAGACGUUUCUGAAACGAAACAAUUUAAUAAUCUACCGUCACGAUAGACAGUGAUGUCUCAAAACCUCCAAAAUUAUUUAACAAUUGGGAAAGUGCAGAAAAAUGCAGAGAAUAUAUUGGUAUCUCUUUGAGUUUCAGCAUUAAAAAUAAUAAAAUGUAGGUCUUAUAAAAGAAGGUAAUGCAUUUUUUAAAAUUUCUUUUGAUUGAUAAUGAUGAUUUGCUUUUGUAAAUUCUAUUUCAACUGCAUCUCUAUUUCAAUUUUUGUUUUAAUAUUACUACUAUUUAUACAUUAGAAAUUUGAAAAUUUAUUAAUUUACAAAUACGGAAUAAAAAAAAUAUCACUCACAAGAGAAAACGUCACAGUGUGCUGCUAACAAUUUAGUAUAUAAUAUAAUUCUUUUUGGUCAAAAACAUAAGAACUUAAAUUUAUAUAGAAAUGGAAUAUAUAUAUAUAUAUAUAUAUAUAUAUAUAUAUAUAUAAUGAUGUGUUUUCAAUAAAAAUAAUUUUGUAAUUUUAGGUUUAAUUUAAAUUGAGCGUGUUGAAGAAAAAGCGUGUGAGAUUUAGAAUGAAAAAAAAUGAACAAGAAUUGAAGAUAAAUAACCGAAAUUGACUUUUUUAACAGAGCGCACAGUUCUAGUAGAAAUAUCAUCAUACUUUAUUUAUAUUACAAAAUGCGCGUGCAAAAAGAAUAGUCCGACAAAUUCGUUUGAAAUUGUUGUAAAACAACCCUUUUUCUAGAAAAGGGGAAUUUACACAUGUACUUUUUAAAAGAACACACUGAAAAAAUUGGUAUACAUUAAAUGUUAAUAAAAAAAAAAUGAAACUCUGUGCAUAGCGAAUAAAAAAGAAAAAAAAAUGAUCUAAGAUAAAGAAUGGAAAUAUAAUGAGAAAAAAUACCCGCGAUUUACUUUCAUCAUUCAUUCAUUGGUAUUACGUAUAAAAAUAAACAAAUAUUUAAUAGAUUGUAAUAAGUGUGUAAAAUAAAUGAGAAAUGUUUUGGGAUUGUC